AUGGUGUCUGCUUCGAGCCUCUUCGUUCUAGGCGCUGCCCUCAUAUCAUUCACAGCGGGAGAGCCCGACUCCCUAGACGGUAUUCGGAACUUUGCUAAACGUCGCUUUGGCAACUAUGCCGAUGUUUUAUCCUUUCAAUUGACAGAAAAACAUGAAAAUCCAUCGCGCUGGAACCAAGUGACGAAUGAUAAUUACACCGUUAGCAGCACAAGCGACGGGAAGAUCUUGGUCCAAGGAACGACUCUUAACGCUCUCGCACGAGGACUGCGACAUUAUGCUACAGAUACGAUGUAUUUGGAUGACUUUUGGUUCGUGAAACAGCGUACUAUCUCUAAGCCGCUGCCUGCUUUGACCAAGACAUUGGUCGGAGCUAGUGUUGUCCCCUGGCGAUACAACUUCAAUACUGUGACUUUCUCAUAUACAUUUGCCUGGUACUCCUGGGAAGACUGGGAGCAGCUCCUGGAUUGGGCAGCCUGGCGAGGCAUCAACCUUCAACUCGCCUGGGUGGGCUACGAAAAGAUCUUCCUUGACAGCUUCAGAGAAAUUGGCAUGGCUGAUGACGAGAUCCUGGCAUUCUUCUCUGGCCCUGCUUUUCAAGCGUGGAACCGAUUCGGCAACAUCAAAGGCUCCUGGGGCGGCGUAGGGAACCUGACGCUGUCGUGGAUUGAGUCACAGUUCGAGAUGCAAAAGAAGAUUGUGGCGCGCAUGGUGGAAUUGGGAAUGACGCCAGUCUUGCCGGCAUUUCCAGGCUUUGUACCCGACGCCAUCACCCGCGUACGGCCCGUAGCCAACGUCACCAAGGCUCCAGACUGGCUUUUUGUCCCAGGAUACAGCCAGGAUCUGUUUCUGAGUCCUCUCGACCCUACCUCUGCGGAACUACAGAAGUUGUUUAUUUCCAAGCAGAUUGAAGCUUUUGGAAAUGUAACCAACGUCUACACUCUGGACCAAUUCAAUGAGAUGCAGCCGAGCUCCGGUGAUACUGCCUACCUGGGCGCCGUUUCAAAAGCAACAUACUCAGCCCUUACCGCAGCGAACCCUGCUGCGAUUUGGUUGAUGCAAGGUUGGCUGUUUUACAGUAGUGAGGCAUACUGGACCCAAGAGCGCAUAGAUGCAUAUUUGGGUGGCAUGGGUGAAAAGAACAACGCGUUGAUCCUGGACUUGUACUCUGAAGGCAGCCCCCAAUGGCAGCGCACAAAACAUUUCUCGGGUCGACCGUGGAUAUGGUGUGAGCUGCAUGACUUUGGCGGCAACAUGAAUCUGUUUGGUCAGGUGUCAAGGCUUACCCAGGGUCCUAUUGCUGCACUUGCGAAUUCGUCGUCUUUGGUUGGCUUUGGUCUUACCCCAGAGGCCUAUGAGGGGAAUGAAAUUGUCUAUGACCUUCUUCUCGAUCAGGCGUGGUCAUCUAGCGCUAUCGAUACAGUCGCCUACUUUAAAGAGUGGACAACAUUAAGAUACGGACAAAUCGUGCCCUCUACUCUUUACAAGGCCUGGGAUAUGCUCCGACAGCACGUCUAUGACAUGGAUGAUCCUCUCUUGCCUGCUGUAGGAGUCGGCGUCUACCAGCUUCAGCCCGCCUUGAGUGGCCUUGCUAACCGAACCGGCCACUUCCCCGCGCCAACAUAUCUUGGCUAUGAUCCCAAUGUUCUCAAACAGAUCUUAGGUUUCAUGUACGAUGCAGCAACCGAGAACGAGUCUCUGUGGAAUGUGCCGACCUUCCAGCUAGAUGUUGUAGACGUGACAAGACAAGUCAUGGGCAACUACUUCAUCGACCUCUACCAAGAUCUAGUCAAGACUUUCAAUGCGUCUAUUGCGCAUCCGCCUGGCAAAACCUGUGGCACAGUCGAACAAAAGGGCCAAAAGCUUCUCAAAUUUUUGACCGCUCUUGAUUCAGUCCUGUGUACCAUCGAUCACUUCACUUUCGCCAAGUGGCUUAGUGAUGCAAAGCGAUGGGUAGCGGGAGGUGAUGAUGAUCUCAUUUCCUUUAGUGCUCGCAGUCAGGUCACUGUUUGGCAGCCAGACUCGCCAUAUCUCAACGAUUAUUCGGCUCGCGCCUGGGGUGGCCUCACUGGCGUGUACUACCACAAACGGUGGGAGAUUUUCGUUGAUGGUCUGACGGAAGCUGUCAAAGCUGGCUCCAUUGAUGAGCAGGCACUGAAACAAAAGAUUCACACUUUUGAAAAGUCAUGGCAAUUUGGUGGGUUCAAUGGGCCCGAGAGCAAACCGGCUUCGGGCGACGUUAAGAAUGUGGUGACGGAGGUAAUGAAGCAAUGGCCAAAGGCAUUUAAAUCGUAG